GAAUUGGGUUUACUCUACUCGCCCUAUGAGACAGGUUUGCCCUCCGCACCCACACUGUGUAAAGGUCCCCUUUUUAAGGUCCUUCUGGCUUCUUUUGCCAUACGACCGAUUGAAUGGCUGCGUCGACUGUGGAAGUACCAGUCUUCACAGAAACUAACUUGGGCACUCGCAUAGCAAUGGCCGUCCCUCCAGAUAUUACAGCAAGAGAUUUCAAGAGAGAAGCUGAAAGAUUGCACUUCAAUUGUUUCCCAAAAUCAGGAGAGAUCAUGAUCAAUGGGUUAAUGGUGAAGCGAAAAUCCCACCUUUACCAUCUGCCUGAGUCACUGCCUAUAAAGUAUGCUUUCCAGGGUAAGAAAGGUGCAUGGUUUCUGCAUGUUCAAGCUAGGCCUUUGAGUGAUUUAAGUGGGUCGGAUCUACCCAAGGGCGUGGCUAGAAAAGUUGUGCAGCAUAUGUACAAUGGUAGCAAAGAUACUGUUUAUUUGGAACCACCAAACUUGCUUGCAAGCAUUGGUGAGACUGAGACAGGAGGAGGAGGUAAGAGAAGGAGUUUGGCAGGAUCAAACUGCCUUAAACCUUUCCAACAAGAGCUUCUCAACGCUGUCUCUCUUCCAAAGGAAAAGACAAGUAAGAGAAGGAAGAAACUUCAUCAUUUGGAGUGCACAGCAAGGGAAAUAAAGAGAAGAUGCAAUGGUGGAAAUGAAACUCCUGGUGUUACUGCCAAAGAGAAUUCUGGCUUUUGUGCAUCUGCAGAUGAAGUUGAGCCUAGAGAAGGAUUGAGUUCCAACCCAAUGGUGGAGGCCCCCAGUGACAUUUCAUCAGAAGUAAUAUCAGUUUCAGGUAUCAUCAAGAGAUACUUCCCAAGUUCCAAUGAGGUGAGCAGUUUUGGCAGCCCUUUAAGCUUUGAUGUCAAUGUCACACAAGGAUCAUUUCAAGGUGAGAUGAAAGAACAAUUAAAUACCAGAACAGAUGAUAAAUGCUUGAGCGUACAAGUUGAUGUUGUCCCAGAGUUUACAGUCAAAACACCCCCAAGGAUCUUGCCACCGCCAUCGCUGGCUGCUCGAACUCCAGACUCUUUGAGGGCUAAGCGCGAAAGAUCUCGAGUUGGGAAACGGCUCGUUCUGGCCUCAUCCAGUCUUAGGAUUUCUGGGAGUAAGCAAAAACCUGCAAUUUCUUUAUACAGAUACAGAGAUGGAAAAAUGUUAGAACCCAAUUUAUCUUCUAUGGUUAGGAAUUUAGUCUUCGACAUGAGUGACAGUGAUGAUUGACACUACUUGGAGGCCUCCUGGCAGACCAUCAAAGUUGUACAUUUAAAUGUCAUGCUCACUGUGGGGAGGAGGAGCUACUUUGCAGCAGCCUCAUGGUUGGCAUAAGCUGUCUGCUGAGCAAGCGACAACAAGGGUGAACCAUCAGUAAUUCUUUCUAUAAACCUGGACAAACAACUGCUCAACAGCAAUGGCAUAAACUACUGACGACAUUUGAAGCUACAAGUCAGUUGUUGUGGGCACUACCAUACUCUAUCCCAACACCAGGCAUUGAAUAAGAAAAGGCAGGUGAAGGAAGAAGUAAAUUGCUCACAGUACAUGGCUGCUUGAUACAUUACAGAGCUAUUGCUUAUUGUGCAGUCAGUUGCAGUUAGUCUUUCAAUUGGGCUGUUUCCUGUUCUUUUAGUUGGGCUUUCAAUUGGCCUAUUUCCCCCAAUCCCAAGUGCAGCUUCUUAAUUGUUAAAUUUUUUGAGAAAACUCACAAAAAAUAGCCAUGUAACAAGCUCUUUACUAUA